AUGGGGGCAGAUAAGGCGGGCCGCUGGAUGCAUCUGUAUGCCAGGCCUAUUGUACUGCAGAGGAGCAGGGAUGAGAGGGGGAAGAGAGCGAGGGAGAGGAUAGGCGAGAGGAGGGAGAGGGGGUGAGUUUGCUUGAAUCUCUGAGGGCUGGCUAACCCCCUGCUCCUUUUCCUGAAAUGGAGAUGUUAUUACAUUAGCAGCUAAAAGGGUUUAUUCACAGUUAGUGCAGUUUAGGCAUGCAAAUGGAGGAUUUCAGUGUGCUGUGUUGCCUGGAGGUAUAGGACAGAAAGCACAGGAGAUUUGCAAGGAUUAGUUCCACAGGUUCCUUUUAUUAUGGAAAGAACCCUUCCUGAAUGAAAGGGGGAGGAAAAGGUGAGUGGAGGAGAAAGGGGAGAAGAGAGGCAGUAGGGGAAUUUUGGAGGGAUGUUUUUUCUCCUUAGCCCAGUUGUGAGCUACAUGAAUGAUUUUUGACAUCUUGACUCUCACAUGUUCAGAGGUUAUGCACACAGAGAUGCUUUUUUUUCUGUGCCUCCGGCUGCCGUAACAGUUGGUAAACAGUGUGCAACCCCCUCGUCUCCCCUCCUUUAAGGGUGUGUGUUUCUGCACAAGUAUGUGUAAGUAUGUGUACUCUGAUAUGUCUCACUAAACCCGCUCUGAAAUAAGCAACGGUUAUGAUGAUGAGGCCUUUUGGCAAAUUUUACAGUGCACACUACUCAGUGCACAUGAAAUGGAGGGUGGCGACCCGUUCAGAUCACUCAUGUUGUGGGCGCGUGUCUCAGGGACUGUGCCGCUGCAAUCUGAUAUGCUUGAGUUGUAAAGUUAAAGCCUUCAUUAUCCCGGCACGAGGCAUAAGGUGUCACCUUCACUGGACCUGACACAUGCACGCUCCCCUAACUGUGGGAGCCCACACACACUCAUUCACACACACUUGUGUACACACACAACUCAAACCAUGGGAGACAAGGCUGAGAGAUGAAGGCUUUGAGGAGGAGAUGGACAGAAAGACUCAGAAUUAAUGGUUGAUGGGAAAGUCAAGGUCAGUGUGGUUUGGGUUUGCUGUGGUCAAGGUGAUGGGUCCCGCUGGAGGCAAAGGGACAGACGCACACAAACACAUACACAGAGGGUCAGCGGCAAAUGACUCAAGUCUGUUGUUCAGCAGGGAGGAGAGGGUGAUGGCGAAAAUGAAGGAUGAGACUGAUGGGACCCCGUAUUUUAACCAGGCUCUAUAGCUGUAUUCACACACGCGCAACACUCUGGAAAAUCUCAUGACAUUUUCAAGGUGAGCUGCAUUUAUGAAUACUGAGGAUAGAGGAUUUUUUUUUUUAAUUCUUGAAACAAAAAUUGCAUCCUCUUGAAGUUUUUAAACAAAUGUAUCAUUUACUGUGAACAUUUUAUGUGUAAACUGUAGAAACAUCUACUCUCUUGCACCUGGUUCAAAAAUUAGAACAUGAAAAAGGCAGAUCUUGCUGCUGAUGGUCUUGUCUGCUUUUGUAUGUCAAAAAAAGACAACAGUAUCAAUUUCACUCAUUUUCAUCAAAAUAAAAAAACUCAUCACAAGAGCUUUAAUGAAGAAAAGGUUAAAGAUUAUGAGUAGUAAAUAUAUAAAAAUAAAGUUAAAUAUUAUCUAGAAAAGUCCAAUUUAUGAGAAUAUGGUGGAAAUCAAUGAGAAUGAAGUCAUGAUCUAAGGUAAAAAGGUGACUGUUUUAUCAAGAAGUAGUUAGAAGUGUAGACUUGCAGAGUAUAGACUUAUGUAGACAUUACUGUGCUGCUGAUCUGCUUUAGAUUUGGUAUUUAGUUAUUUAUAAAACUAAUACUAGGUUGAAUUUCACAGGAUGCUUUGUAUCCAUUAUUCAGAUAUCUGUCAAUUUUUUACUUUAAUCAAAAUUUUAAAGGUUAAUCUCAAUAUCUCCCUAUUUUUGCUAUACUGUGGUUUUAUAGCCAUGUCAAUUGGAAGUGAAUCUGCAGACAUUGUGUUUGGGAAAGUCAGCACUAGUAAGUGAGCAGAGGUUCUCAUUGUGCAACUGAGUGAUCGUGGGCCACUGCCUUAACCCUUUUUUCACUCGCCUAAGUUUUCAACUCAGUGAAUGACACUGAAUUUAUCCACUUGCACGUAACAUUUGAAAUGAAGGCAAAAUAUAACUCUUAUCAUAGCGCCAAACUCAGAUGUAUCCACUAUCUUGUGAUUAUAGAAAUGACACUGAUUUUUGCAGCUCACAUUUACAUUAGGUCCUGCCCCCUGAAAUCCCCCCAACACACACACACAUACACACACUUACAUCCGUUGUCAGGAAAAAUCUCCUGCUUUUGAGGGCGUGUGUAAAUAAGCAACAAUGGAAAAGUUCAGGAAGAUGCUGCCCUGAAAGAUUUUAGAAAUUUCAGAAUAUCAUGUUUGCAUCAGUGAAAGGGACUGACGGCAAAAGGUUCACAAUCAUUCAACCAAACUAUCUGCCCUAACUUGUGUUUCUUCCACUGGUGUCGUCAGUGUCACAUAAUUCAGUCAUUGAGGGAUUUUAUUUUGAAGGUCUAAACAUAUGCUGAACACAAUUCUCAAAGGUAAAUAAAUAAAUAAGCAAGUAAGUAAAUCAAUCAAAUUUAAUACGUGUGUAUUGGUGCAGAUUGUUAAAUUUUUUUUUAAUUAUAAUAAAAUGUGUUUUAAUCUGAAAAUUAGACUCUACUUGAACAUACUUACUUUUAUAGCAAGGUAACUAAAUCUUGCUCUAAAGAUAUUCUCAGGGGCAAUGAUACAGAAAAUUCUUAUAAUAGGUCCAUAAUGUUUUUUUCUAAAUGUGAUCUUGUAGAACAAAUUACUCAAAUCAUUCCUGUUGCUUCAAAACUAAAGUAAAAAACAUUUAAUUCAUUGGAUUUAUUCUUAAAAUAAAACAGACAUUUUAAAAGCCCUUAAUUUUUCAAAAUGUCUUCUCAUGAAACAAAUUUGCUUUUUGAAAACACCAGAGUGUAUUUUAUUUUGAAAAGAAACACCUUGAUUAAACAUACUUUGAGAAAUAAAAAAACAUAAAUAUAUGUAGGAAAUUUUUUAAAUAAAAUAUCUCCUGUUAUUCUCCCCCUUAAUGUUCCUUUUACAUUGAAACACUGCAUAAAACAAUAAGUCCUAGUGCAAUCUUUGUCACAAACUGUAAUAAAAGUGUCCCAGUAGCUGAUGUGUGUUUUGUGAAUACGUGUAUCCCCUCUUACUGAACGACAGUGCUCAGAGUAAAGUGGUCUGUUAAACCGCAGACGUUUCUAAAGAAAAGAAAAGUGUGAGCCGCUGAAUAAAGGCUCUCCUCUGAACCAACAGCACUCAUCCGUCUUUUCUGGCAGAACGGCUCUUUAAUUGUUCGCAUUUUGAUGCUUUAACACUUGUGCUGUUAACAGCUAUAAACCACGAGUGUCCUCAUACAACUGUGAAGGAGAGACAAAAGGGACUACAGGCACACAAAACAGCUACAAUAGAGGGAGAAUGGGACUUUGGUGGGUGUGUACAAAGCAUCAAAAAGAUUAUUUACAACUACAGUACAGGACAUUCAAAUGAUAGAGAGAAAUUCUCUACACAUCUAUCCAGCAACAAGUGUUGAUAUAAAAAGUUUGUCUUGAAAAUAGCCUGUAGUCUCUAAGAAAUACAGGAUUGUCUCUGGGCAAACACUGAAUAGAUGAGAACAGACAUAAAAUGCGGGUUAAAAGCAUAAGCAGCAAAUAAUGUAAAUAAAUGUGAAUACAUGAGGACACGUUAAAUUUAGCCCACCUCUUCGACUAGGUGUGUACAAAUAUGGAUUAUGCAUGUUACUGCAUCAACGUGAAGGAUUGUGAAAUAUUUUACAAUAAUGCAAGGCACAGUGAGCACAGAUUUACCAUUAUCACUUACUUAUUAAUAAAUGCUUUAAUGCUACUAAACUCCGCUGUAGUCCAGAAACAAUCAAACACACACACUCCACUGAGUGUAGACUCCUGCAAGACAAGGAAGCCGGAACUGAGCAUGCUCAGUAACGUCCCUCUCUACAAGAAUCUUCUCUCAGCAAUAAGUUGUCCCUGUUAAUCAGACUGAAAAGAAAAAGUAUUUUCAAACUUUCCCUUUAUAGCAUUUCAUUAAUUUGUAAUUUUUUAUGUCUUUAGAAGAGAUUAAUUUCUACUCUUAUUAUCUUUAUAUGUAAGUCACCUUCUCAACUAGCUUCAGUGUGAAUACAACAUGCACUUUUUGCCUCCUGCAAUACAAAAUACCUAUUUUAAGAACUAUUUUUUUUUUCAGUCAGGACCUAAAAUGUCUUAUCUAAUUUUCCAGGUGUAUAAAGUGUCAUUUAAGCACAGAAAAUAGUAAUUGCACUCUACCACUCUUCACUUCUUCUUCAGGUCAAACUUGUAUGGAGACACACAGAGAGACCCCCACAAUCAUCAACAGUUCUGAACACCCUCUCCCCCAGUGCUGUGCCUUGGGCCUGGAUCCAGCCAGAACAACAGUGGAGCUGCUCCCCCUGCUGCUAUGAGAGAGAAACUGCCUCUGGGCCCGGUAACACUCCCAGAGCUCUGCAUGUGUGUGUGCCUGUGCAUGUAAAGAAGGGUUACUUUGGGUUCCAUAUGCAUGUGCCAGCCGGCGUGCACAGCUCUGCAUCCCAUCACAUCACACAGUAGGUCUGCAUCCUGCCACAAAUAUGUACCUGACCUCACCUUCCAUUCUCUCACCCCUGCUCCGGUCUGUAACAACAGCUCCAGCAUCUGCAAGCGAUUGUUUGUGGCUGCUGACUGUUCCUCUGCCUGCCUGCCUUUUUGUCUGCCUGUCCUGCUAUAAAACUCUAAUGAUCCUCUGUGUCUUUUUUUGUCUUUACAUAAGUGCAUGUGCUCUGGGAUGUUUCCCACUAUCCACACGAGGGGCGGUUUGCUAAAUUGGAUGAGAACGAAAACAGACCAAGAAGCAAAAGCAGACAUUUUCACUACAUAAAACAUUAACCUUUUUUUUUAACACUUAGGGCAUGGAAAAUCCAGCACGAAGGAGGAUGUUUUCUGGUAAAAGUCAUUUGGAGGAAUAUCUGCUUCCUUUUCUUUCCCUUUUUCUUGUUGCAGAGUUUGUAAAGCUGAUUGUCAUCUACAUUUUUUUUCAGCCAUAUGGUCAGCUGUCAUGUUCACAUGACCAAGUGAUCAAAGGCUGCUCUUUGGUUUAAUUGUGCCCCACUGUUAGGCUUUAGCCAGGAAGGACUUUCCAUCUCUGCUUCAGCAGGUGGCUUGUGUGUGUGAGUGUGUGUGUGUGUGUGCAUACAUUCUUGUUGGUGUUAACAUAAAAUGUGUGCAGAUAUUGGGACAGUGUUUUCUAUCUAUCCUGCAGCCAACUGGAUCUAAAAAUGAGACAUCAUUGCAAACAGCAAUGACUAACAUCCUUAUUUUAGGCUGCCUUAUGUGCACUUCAGAUUAAAAUCACUGCAAUACACUCUUUUUUACUCACUUAUUCAAUCUGACUUGCUGAAUCUUGAGUCAAAAAAUAAAUAGCCUCGCUGACCCGACAAGUUUAGGUCUUGUUGCAAGAUAUUACAAACCAAUCAAGAGGUCUUAAAGAUAACACAAACACACACAUAAAAUCAAACGUAAGGAAGCAUUUCUUCUUCUUGAGGAAGAAAAUAUAUUAUUUAAGUCAAUAUGAGCCAAAUUCACCUGAUAACUCCAGAUAACUGCACUUUAAAGACUUUAAAAAGCCUCAUAUCAAACAUGUAUUGCUUGUAAUGGGUGGACAUGUGCUAUGAUUUUUUAUCAAUUUUGUAGGGACAUUACUCUUAUUUUAAGAAAUGUAGCUCAACAUGCACAUCUUUCUUAUUUUUCUUUUACAUGUCAGGCUUUCGUUUUUGUUUCUGUUUUUAAUAAGAUGGGAUAAGAUUUGUGUCUGGACUCUUCAAAUAAAUCUGUUUCCCCAUUAACCCUCAUAACAUGAUUGACUAGAAAUAAGACAAAAACACUUCUUAGGUUUGAGUUUUUUUGCAGUGUGAAAAAAGGCUGCUGAUUUGGCAGGCAACAUUUUCUUAACAAGUCUCUCAAAAUAUCAGUCGUAUCCUGUUCAAAGGAACUUAUCAAGGAGGUUUUGCUUGCUGCACUGGUGGACAUUUUUACUCAUUACAAUCUUAUUUUUGGAUGGUGAUAUUUUGAAAUAAGGCUGACAUCUAAACUUGUCAGGUCAGGGAGGUUGUAAUAAGAGUGACAUUAUAUCCUUUACAUGUGAAAAUCAGCAGCAGAGGAAUAUAAACAUAAAAACAACAGACAUUAUUUUUUAUAACUAGUUUUAUUACCUGAAACUCACUAUUGUACAAGGGUCUUUUUAAGCACUGGCUGAAGGUGAAAACUUCUUGAAACAAUUGUAUUAUUCAGAUUUAUUUGCACUGGUGACACGACUGAAAAUAAAGCUGAAACAUAUUAUUUAAACUUCAUUCACGAUGCAUUCAAGGACUGCAAAAAAGACUCUUUCUCCCUUUAGACUCUUUCUGGAGAACAUCCUAACUCAUCUUGACACACAAAUCUUAAAAUACUCAAAUAAAAAAGUUUAAUUUUUGUAAUGGAGUGCUUUUUUUUCUUCAUAUUUCUAGGUUUAACCCCUCCUGUGCUGAAAUUUGAUUUGCUCGCUCUGCCUGGUUUGCAGCAGAGGAAUAGAGGCCAGUGCCUGAAGUCAGUGCUCCAUGACAGUGCAGGGUGAGUGUGGGUCACAGAGGGGGAGGGUUUUGGAUGGGGGUAUAUGCUGUGGGUUGAGGGGUGGUGGGCAUGAGGGGGGGGUUACAUGCAGGCUGACUGGAAAGGGGGGCAUCGAGGAGGGAGGAGGGCUGAGGGCUGAGGGAAAAGAGGGCUUUAGCUGGAAAGGGGCUUUGACCGGGGCAGAGAGAGAUUCACAUUGAUUGGGUUUUAAUUUGGUGGAGGGCCCUCUUCAACUGCUGCACCCAUCCCCCCUCCGUCCAUCCAAAUCCCCCCCUGACUCACCCACCCACCCACCCACUGCCCCCCCUUUCUCUCUCCCCCUUCCUGUCCCGAUGAGAGUGAGGAGUUGAGGAGUCGGGGUGGUCCGUGUGGCCGGUCAAAGCCAGCUGAUGGGAGUAAACUAAACUCAGCAGGCCUGUUGUUUGUGUUUACUCUGUGUGUGUGUGUGUGUGUGUGUGUGUGUGUGUGUGUAUAUGUGUGCGUGUGCGUGUGUGUGUGUGUGAGCUGAAACAGAGUGUCCCUUAUGUUGCGUCACAUGUCCCAGCACCUCUAAAAGCUCUCUAUAAAAACACAAUCCAUCAAGUUCUACUUUCACAGGUGGUCUAAUCGAAAUCACACCACUCUCUCUUGGCCCUUUUAUUCCAUUUUAUCGUUAUUUUUGUUAUUUUAAAUGAUGACGUUACAUCUAACUGCUCCUCUUAUCUUCUUCUGAUGGUGUUGGCGGCUGUGAAAACCUGGUGUUGAGAGCGCUGAACAAUUUGAAGCCAUUUGAAGAUGUAGCCUCCCCUCCAGUGUUUACCUAAGCAAUCUAAUCUCAGGCCUAAUCUCUGACAAGUUUUCUUUUUCUCUCCUUAAUUUGCAGGCUCAAAGAGGACAGAGGUAGAGGUCUAGUCUUAAUUAGGUUACUUAUCUAUGCGCCAAAAGGAUAAAGUUCUCUCACCAGGCCUGUUUCAAAUUAACCUAAUUGGAUUUUUAGCAGAAACUCAGCAAAUAGUCAGGGUUAAGUAAAGAGUGGGACAUAAAGGAGGGAGUUCACGUGAACUGUGUUGCGUGAACUGACAAUAAAAGCCCUUCAGAGGGUCAUGUUCAAGGUUCUCCUCUCUGCUUUCUCUCAACAAACAGCAGAGAAAAUGCUGCAGGCUCGCUUCAAGGAGAGCUGGGCCACAAGGGGAACAUGAAGCCUGAGUUUGAGGUCCCGGUUCAGGCUGAGCUAACAACAGUAGAGAGGAGAGAGAGAGAGAGGGAGAGAUACAGAGGAGUUUAAGAGGUGAGGAUGAGAAAAACACGAGAGGAGGACAGAUCUUUCUGCACAUUAUGGACUUUGAGAAGAAGUCUAAAUUUUGAGGAAAAAAAAACAAUCUUUUCAAAAGUCAAAAAUGCAGAAUCCUUAUCAGAAAUACCAGUUUGGGAAAGUUGAGGUGUUGUUAAUACACAAGAGUCUACAAAAAUGAAUGAAGGUUUAAGAUUGGUGGAAAAGAAGGCUUUAAUAGAAGUGCUUCUAAACUAUCAAUAUUAGCCCAUCAGCAGAGCUAGCUUCUUAUGCUACUUUAAACCAUUACAGUGUGGUAUAACAGUUUGUGCAGAUGGACAGAUGACAUGAUGCCUUCCCGUAUGCUAACUGCAUGCUUUGAUAAUGUAUGGACUCUCAAUUGAAAAUAAGUGACUCAACCAGCAAGUGUUUAGACUUUGUUUCUUAAGUAUGUGCAGCAUUACCAUUCAGUAGCUGUUGACUCUACUCUUAAAGUGAAAUCUUUUUUCUUAACAUUUGAACUUCAUUUGCCAAAUUAUUAGUUAUUAUUUAUUCACCAACUUUGAUUUGAUAAAAAUUUCUACUUUAAACAGGAAAUCAUUUAACAACAUAAUUCUUAAAACUUGGGCUUAAAUCUCAACGUUGGACUUUUUCCCUAAAUAUUGUAUUAAAAACAUAAUCCCAUCUAAAGAAGUAAAUGAUACUGCCAGCAACAAGACUGUUGUCAUUUUAAAUGCCUGAUGUUACUGUGAGGGGUGGGAACAAGAGAUAGGAGGUAUCACUUUGUCCACAGGGGGCGCCAAAAUCAACACAACUAAAAAGUUCCUCACAGCUGCUUUAACUAUAGAGGGUGAACUCCAGCCAUGUGUAAUAUGAGAAAAGUCAGUCUGUUGAAGCACUUGAUUGACUCACAUCAGGAUACAAGCAAAAACUGAACCAUGUCUAACCUUCUCAAUUUUCUCUGCGUCAUUUGUAGGUUAUAGGGUUGGUAGGUUUUCAAUCAGAUCAAGUUUGUUCUUAUUCUGGUAUCAAAAUUGUAGUUUAAUGGAAUGCCCAAUUUGCCCCAGAGUUCAGAUGGUGUCUGGAUCCAAAUGUUACAAGGAGACAGAGAAUUACUGUGCCUCUUGUUAAGUUUGAACCCUCCUGUCUGUCUUGCAAUGUUUUGUACACAAAUAAAAAUGUGAUAUCUUCAGAUUAUGUGUCUGUAGAAAAGACCUCCACCUGCACCACUGUAGCUUCAGCCUGCUGAGGGAAAAUAGCCCACACUGAAAGUAGAAUAUGAAAAUUUAAAACUGGAGAUCUUUAAUAUGCAUUUUUUUUAGUAUUUGAAAUUAAACCAGGAAAGCCUAGUUUGGUUUAAAAACCUCUUUUACAACAGUAUCAUGGCCAAAACUAAGAACACAUGACAAUCAUGACCUAUGCUUGCAUAUCCUGGGUCACAUAACAGAAAGUCACCAGUCAAAACUUCCUCAGUUUGGUGCAAAUAUUAAAGAGAUCAUCUCUUUUCCAAACCCUUAAAGAAGCACACCUUAAAACCCUUCUCUUUAUUUUGAGAUGCACUCUGAAAACAGAAAGCAAAACCAAGUCCCACCAAUGGGUCAUGUAGAGAAUAUAGUUGCUUUCAGCACUUUUUAAAUGAAUAAAAUUAACAUUAAUAAGAAGAAAGCAAGUUAGGAACUACUAUACAGAGAAGGGCAUGUCUAUGAUUUAGUCUGUAGGUGGACAAACAGGAUCCAGGGAGUUACUUUGCAGCAAAAUAAAAACAUGAUUUAAUCCUGAAAUAAAAUCACACCCACGACUUCCACUUCUUUGCUAGAUGUUGAAUAUGAAGAUGUACAGACAGCGCAUCAUGGUUAAAUUUACUUAUAAAACUCAACUGCUGAGGAAAAUUUUAAUACUUCUGUUUCUGAAAAUAUAAACCAGACUAGCAAGAAUAUUUCUAAAUCUAUACUCUUGUUUUGUUCUUUAUCAAUUUCUAGAUUUGUAGAUUCCGACAAAGUGACCAGAAUGCAGAAGAGAUGAGACAUAAACCAAAACUAACACAAAACAUCAGUUUCCUUCAGCUGCGGUAUGUAAAACAAGUUUCCUUUUUUUUUUAAACAUGUUUGCUCUGAGUUCUUAGUAUUUCUUUAAUUAUUAAAAGGUGAUAAACAAACAGAAAACUCUCUUAAGUAACGUCUCUGGGUUGUAGAUUUAAUUCCCAUUCGUUUUCAAUCCCACAGGAAUUAUUAAUAGGCUUUAUUCCCCCUCUGAUAUUCCAAUGUUAUCAAAUUAGCACUUCCUAAAGAAACCUGGGCUGCAUUAAGAAUCCCAAGCUCCCGACCACGCUGAAGUGUGAAAUUAUUCCAGGGGGCAGCUUGAUUGUAACCAGGGCUGGAGGAUGAAACUAUUCCCUUGUUCAAGUCUCUCAGGGUGAAUUAAUUAGAAAGACGAGCAGUGAGACAUGUGCGGUUAUCUUCAAACCUGGUUAACAUUAAUCACAGGUGAAAUAUAGCCGAGAUCAUGUUCAAAACAGCCCCCAGAAGAUGGAAUGAUAAGAAAAUGAAAUUUUAAUAAUGCUUCUAAUUAUGACAGAGGCCGCUGGUGAAGAUGAAUAUAAAUGAGAAAUGUAUUGUAAAUUAAAAAUGGAAAUAGCAGUAAUUUUCCUGUCUGUGUCCAAAAAUGAGUGUCCAUUGUGUGCAGCAGUGAUGUAUAGAUGAGUUAAUCAGGCAUAUUGAUCGCUGCAGUAGUGAUGCAGAGUGUGGAUUUUUAAUUAGCGCAUGCUUGAGUGUGUUAAAACUCCUGCGCUCUGUCUGAGUGGAACCAAGUGGAACUGAGCACGUCAGCGGAGAACAUGCACACACACUCACACACUCACGUUACUCAGCGUCCCCCCAAAUACAGCUUACACCACCAGCACCGGGUCUGCCUCUGCAUUAUUUCUCAAACCCUGGAUUAACUCCCCGUGUUCCUCUCUCUGCCUCCAAAACUAGGCCGCCAUUUUAGGCCCGUCCCGUCCCUCUUGCCCUUCAUUUUGAGCAGGCCCGCAGAAAUCCCCACUGCGUGUCCGAGUGGUUGUCCUCCCCUGAAGGUCCCUCUAAGGUGGAGCUCCUAUGGACCCCCACAGAUCCUCAUUCUCUGAGCUCAUUUCAUAAACCACAUCUCUUCAUAAAUAUUUCACAGUUGUGUGAUCAAAGCCCACCUCAGUGAGCCCCUGUUUGGCUAAUUGCAUUGGCUGAUAUACACUGAAUUCUGGACGUUGUGUGUCCUCUACUGUAUGAUAGUUCUGGAGGAAAGGAUGACUGGGAUGCAUGGUUGUGUAUUCAGCUGACCAGGGUGUUUAACUUGUGUUUCAUUUGUUAAAACAGCACAGACAUUGAACUGAAAGAGAUUGGAUUCUUGAAGUUGGGUUUAAUCAACGCACAGGUCAUUAUCUCCAGUUAUCAACAUAUCUGUACUGUAGUGAGUAGCAUGCAUAGUCAUAGAGACUACGUUGACAUGCACAGUUAAGUAGAGCUUAUUGACCGUUAUCACUCUACUUGUCAAAGGUAGACCUUUAGCCUCCUAACAAUCUGCUACAGUAUGCUCCCAAACAGUUGGUCAAGUCAGCCGUGCCUCUGAGUCGCCACUUUCACAACCAUGAUGUCCCUGUAAGGGACACAUUACAAAAAAAAAUUACUUCCUGUUCAGUGGGUGUCAUGAAAGCAGCAAACGAUUUAUCCAUAAAACAGGUUCUACCACCUCUACACUAGAUGGCAAUAUGCCCACUUUGCCUUUAGACUGUCACCUGGUUGACCUAUUAGGUCAUACACCAAAACGCUUGGCAAAUAAAACAACACUGCCUCUUGCUAACUUUUGUCCAUAUACAGCUUUACAGCUCUGUACCGUUUGUUUGAUGAUACACCAGCUUCAUCUUUGAACGUUUUCUUCUUCUGUGGAGGUUUUGUUCGCAACAAGGCCUAUUUAACGUAUUCAGGCUGUUCAAGGCACAGCGGAGCAUGCACAGAAAGCAUAGUCCAGUUUGGAUCUGAUUGAGAUGUAGAUAUGCAAGGCAAAAUUGAUCUCCAACUGCAUUAUCUCAGGAUGUUUGUCUGACUUCUAGAAAUUUAACCUACUGUGAUUUCAACUGGAUUGAUGUUGUAUUUCGGCCAUAAAUAAGGUGACCAGACGUCCCCGAUUUCCGGAGACAGUCCGCGUUUUGGAUGACCUGUCCCCGGCUAAAGGUGUCCUCGCAAAUGUCCCCAAUUUAAGCGUUUUACGAAUGAGAAAAAAAUGUUGCAUGCCGACUAGAACAAUGGUUAUUACGGUAGCGGAGUAGGUCGGAAGCACAAGUAAGCAUGUUGUGCGCAGUCCUGAACAACCGUUUUUAUGGGGGGUUAUUACAGGGGGCGUGUGCUGCAACUAAGUAGUACCGAGUUCUUGUCUCCAGAAAUAAAGGGCCUGAAACCAGAUUUUGCUUGGCACCCCCACCCCCGGAUGUCCCCUGAUUUCAUUACAGAAAUCUGGUCACCUUAGCCAUAAACAAAUAAAUGUAUUAUGUUGAUUUAUUCGCGUGUGUUUGAACACCUGAAUUUUGUGUGUUCACUCAUCCCCCAUGCACACCCCAUUCACAUGCCAUAUCUCGCCUACGGGAGUCCAAACAUUCAUUGAUGCAGGAGACGAGGGGUUGCCUUCAUGCCAUGUCAGUCUGUUCACAUCAAACAUGGUUGAGGUUGACUACAACUGGAGGAUUAAUGGGUCACCUUAUGAGAACUUUAGUCUCUAACUUUACAUGUAAUUCACUCACACUCCAUGUUUGGUGUGAGCACAACAUAACAGGUUAACAUGCAAUUCAGAAGUCAAUGGAAGUCAAUGGAGGAGCUGUUGGCAGAUAAGUAAAACAAUGAACAAUGUACACUCAAAGGGAUACUUUGAGCAGGGUGACCUUAAGUCCUCUUUUACCUGGACAUGUCCUCUUUUUUGGGGGGCUGUCCAGGCUUGUCCAGCUUUGUCUGGGGAAGUUUAUAAAAUCCUGGUUUUGUACCAAAGUUUCGAGUUUGUGUCACGUGGACUUAUUGAAUUAGAAGCGCACGAAAGACACUCGAUCCGACCCCAAAAACUCUUAAAAUUAACUUCAUGCAACUCUGUGACUCUGCCACCGCGUAGUUGUGUCCUCUUUUUGAGAAGUCAGAAUAUGGUCACCCUAACUUUGCGGAAAAAAAUAAAUAAAUCAGGCUCUGAAGACAAUUCUCCAGCUUGGGUCUCCAAAAAAGGCCUUACUUGUACUUGUGAAUCUUCUGUAGUUUAAACAUUUAGUAUUCUGAGGAUCAGCACACCUGACAACCCAACUAAAGGAAACCACUUCCUUUAAGUCCAGGCUUUGUUUUAGAAAAAGGAGUCUUUUUUAACUACAUCUGUGCCUCGGUUAUAUUCUUGUAUUUGGAUUAGACUGUCACUCCAUUAGUGUAUGUGUUUCUGGUCCGUAUGCUGUCCACCUGUCUCAAUAGUCCAUUUGUCCAGCUGCAGAUAGAAGAAGACUGCUUUUAAACCACUGCUUAUUUUUCCUCCCAGGCCCACCCUGGUUUUGAUCGCUUUGUCACACUAAGCUCUUGUGAUGCAGGAGAACAAACAUGUGCAUCACAGUGACUCUGAUUCGAGUCAUCUCCACUGACUUCAGUCUUAUUCAUUUCAAGUACAUAGUUUUAAUCUCUUUCAGCAUCUUCCCUUCUAUCUGAAAGUCCACCAGGUCCUCCCUUUUCUCCCGUGUGUCAGUUAGUCAGUCGUCCAAGAAUGCCCCCUCUCCCUGCUCCCAUUGAUUCCUCAGCCUGCAGAGCGAUGAAACAGCCAGACCACCUCGCAAGGGCUUUGCAGCUUUUCAUGUUCUCUAAGUGCUUGGCUCUGUUCGCUAAACUCUGAAGCACUGUUUGUUUAGAAUCACUCAUCAAUCCAGCUGAGCUUUGAUGGAUAAAGUCCCUCUCUUUUGAUCAAUUACUCGGCCUUUUCUGUUUAUUUUAGCAUCUUUGAGUAUGAGUGUCCAGAUUGUUGCCACUCAUGUUCAUUUAGCCCUGCAGCUCAUCUCUCUUCACCUUUCAUGGUCAUAGACAUUAUUCCUGAUAAAGCACUGUGUCUGUGUGAUGGGUGUACAUUUUCUUUAUGCCGUUGAGAGAGGGCCAGUGGGGCGUGCACGCGGCCAGAAGAGGAUGCGUGCUGCUGCUGUUGUUUACCUCCCUGUUUGGCACCCUUGCAGCUCCACCCUCCCUGAUACAAACUUCCUCACUGCGGUCUGUCACAUUUCUUUUUACCGAGGACACACGCAUGAUGAGAUCACACACCAGGCCCCGGGGCCAGUGUUUAUUAUGUAUGAGUAGUUUUAUCCUCUAGGUGCCUGUGUCCAGGUUGGUAAAACCAGGAGAGAGGCCCAGGGUUUGUUGGCUGCUUACUGAGGGGUGGUAGAGGUGGGUGUGGUCGGGGGGCUCUGCUGCACGGCAGAGGCCCUGAUCCAGGCCUGGUUCAUGCGCUCUGUGGGCUCCCAAGCUAGUGUGCUAGCUCUCAACCUGGCUCUGCUUCAGACAAGCCUCCCGUGGAGGUCAGCUGUGCCGGCAGUGAAAUAACACAGAGAGGGAAGAAACGUGUUGAACAGCGCACCUGUCCUCACCACAGAGUGGGGAGUAAGUCCCCUGAAGCGCACCUUUUGCAUAAUGUGCCAACCAGAAUUUCAUGGCUAGCUUUCCUGUCUUUCUUUUGCUAGUUUUAAAUCUGUCUUAGCUGUAGUUUUCCAAGCUCUCUUUUUUUUCGGAUAGCAGAGGAAAGAGAAAAUGCAGCAGCAGUCUAAUAAAGUGCCUGUCUCCAUAGAGUAGACAGCUGAAGCCCUGGUUUGAGCUGGUCUUUGCUCCCCUGCUGGGUGUAUUGAUAAGCAGCACUGAACCCUGCGGUCAGUGUUUAAUUGCAUUAUUUGGAGUCCUCUAGUCACCCUCCUUUUUCCUCCUUGAUGGAAGGGGAGAACAAGUGUUUACUGAUAUAGAGAACUAAGGAUCAAAAAGAUAUGCUGAGGGAGCGAGAGCAGGCUAACACUCGGGAGUAUGAUAUUGAUGGAUAAGUGAAAGCUUCAAACCCAUUGCGCCGGCUAAUCCUGCAGCUAUCGCUUAUUACGGCAGAGGGAAGGUGGAUGGCCGGAGCAUAACGGGGGCCUCAGCUUUACUCAGGGUCUGACUUCACCGACCUCCCAGAAAAUCUGUGGAAAUCUAUGACAUCAUUGUUCAAGCUGGCUUUUAUCUUAUUGUGGCUUAUCGUGCCCACUGUUCCAGACAUUCACACAUGCACACACAUACACACGCCUACAGAGGAGACUUCCAGCAGAGUGGAUUAAAACAGCCUGCACACUUUGACAGACCUCGGUGGGCCCCAGUGUCUGUUCUGAGCUGUGAUUGGGGACCUUGUUGCUUCUCUGGUUGGUGACACACAAAAGGAGGGGCAACAACAGAAAAUCAUCUCUCUGUCUGGAAAAAAACCUCUACUAUGGAGUAAAAACACAAAAUCGCUGCAGCUUAAGUGUUGUUUAGACAUACUUGAUUCACAUUAACGACAAAAUAAAACUAAAACCCUUUGUGGCUCUCUCUUAAGGCAGCCUUUUCUGAUCUGACACCUUUUCCCGAAACAACUGUUGGCAGUGCUAGCUAUCUAAAUGUGAUAUUACACAAGUAUAGAUACUUUCAGUUAGUUUAACUUAAUACAAACCAGCUACAAUAGAUUGAUCUCUCGUAUUAGCUGUUGCUGUUGGUCGUCAAAUUAAGUGUUUAACCUAGAAAUGUUGCCUUGCAGAUUUUCAUUAUACAUAGACUGUAUUUCCAGUCACUAACCAAUUGAAAGGCAGUUAGUUACCAUUUCAGAUCAUCUCAUUUAAAUGGUCUGAGAAACGUUUAAACAGUAUUUCAGCUUCCUUCCCCUCGCAUGGUGUCAGGGGGAAAUCGCUGCUGUGUGAGUAUGGCGCAUUGACAAACAGUGGGUGAUGGGGCGAGACUGUUCAGAACAAAAUAAAAAGAGGUUUGAACAAGUUGCCAUGCUUGAGCAGUGUUGUAAACCCUCUUUUCCCUUCACCUCUGUGCCCUUCCCCUCAUUCCGAUGAUGUGUUUUUGUGGUGGCAUCUGAAAGUCGCUUUGUCCACUCAUCAUGCCCUCCCACACUCCAGACUUUCUAUCUAUAUACACACACACACACACAUACACAGAGGGGUCAGAGGGAAGAGCAUUCAUUCAUGUCAGCCAGCUGCAGCCUCUUUCGCCCAAUCGUGAACGCUCCCUGGACGUAAGCAGGGACCCACGGAGUCUUGAGACUCACCUCCAUCCGAGCAACAAUCUACGUCUGGAAAUAUCCUCUGAAUUUGCAGCGGUUUUUCAAACACACCUGCUCAAAUUGUCAAAUUGUGCGUUUGUGCAACAGCGUGGAAGAGCCCCUCAUUAUGGCAGCCAUUGUGUGUGCGCUUUUUUUCGGAGGAGCUGGGGUGGAAAGCCUUCUCACUGCGGCACAGAAUAGGGUGACCAUCAUGUUCAUUGUACAGUCUCGGGGAACUUUGAAGGCACAUAGUGUGCUCACACAUGCACAAAUUCUCACUCUGCAGAUGACACGAAGCAUAUCCUCACUUCCUGGCACCCGACAUUUCAAGGAUAUCAGGGCUAAUUACAUCAUCAUUAACUCAGGCCGCAUGUGUUUGCAUGUGCGUACGUGCGCAUACAUGCUCGGUAUGACAUGCACGGAUCUGUGCCCGUCAAGUUUUAAUGAGGCUCCUCAGACAGGGCUCAUUGAACCUUUUGGUCCAACAUCGAACGCCUCCCAGUUCUGAUGUGGGCCAGUGUGUGCCACCCGUAAAGAGCCACACAGGGACAAACACUGCUUAUCAGAUGGCAGAAACAGAUGCACCGCUUUCAGAAAGAUCACACACUGGAGGCACAAAGUGAAGAGCAUUGAUCCCAAAUGCUCUUGAAAGUGGAGUUUUGUUUGUGCACUUCUUACUGUCGAUCUCAGUGUGUGUGUGUGUGUGUGUGUGUGUGUGUGGGAUUGUGGCUCUAUGUGUGUGUGAGAGUUGUGGGGUCAGCGAGGAGUUCAGUGUGUCAGAGGUCUCAGAGCCCCGGCUCUUUGAUUCCACUCCCUUGCGGCUCUGAGAAUUUCCUCUCCAGUUUCCCAGUGCUGAGCCCACGCUGGGCAAGGAGAGCCACGCCAGGAAAAUUUAUGUUGAUGUCAGCAAUGAAAACACCACCAGCCCUCUACCACGUCUCACAAUAUUUGUCAAACAGCAGUGUGUCCAUUCUUUCUCCUUCUCCCUUCGUUCUCUUCUUUCUCUCUCAAAUAUUUCCAUUCUUACUGAUGUACGUUUUCAGAAAUCUUAAAACCGCGGUUGGCGUGGGGUUUCACACUUCACAUGGUUUGUUGUCUCUGCGGGGACUUUGGUAACACGGCUCUCCAUUGGUCUCCUAAGGGGCUGGGCUAGUUUUGGGGGUGUCUUUCAAGGUGUAAUCCACACAUAUUCCCUUCCCUAAGGCCCUGUAUAUGGAAAUCUAAAACAAACAAAAAGUCACAAAAGAAUUACAAAUCUCACAUUAUGAGCCACCUACUUUUCCACAGUUUUGUGUUCCUAGACUAAAAAUUUAAGAUCCUUUCUUUUUCAUCAUCGCUCUAUUUAUUCUGGAUUUUUUUUCAACUGGUACCACACAGACAGUUUAAGUUUUAGGCUCAAACGUGUUUGCUAUAUCCAAUGAAAGCCAAGAAGGGAUGCUUGCAACUAUAUGUCCCACUUUUCACACCAUCCAAACAUUACCUGAACAGAUAACUACAUUUAUUUACAGUUUUAAUCUUUGUUCAUGUAUUUAUGUCGGCAGCAUUAUUUCAAAAACAGGGCAAGACAAACUAUUUGCUCACCAGUCAAUAGAGUCAGAGGGUUUUCUAAAGUUUUGAGCGACAACCUCACACUUUAACAACCAGGAAAACCUUGUUAAAGCUCCUCCAGUUCAAGAUGACUUUUGGUCGUUGUGGCUGACUAUCAUUACUUGUGAACCCAAAGCAUCCUGGUGGCAUUAUAGGACCGAUGUCACACCCAAAAUGCCAACCAAAACAAGCGUCACUUUAAGAGUGGGUCCAGUCCACAGCAGAACAGAUCCUUGGGUUGAUUUGUGGCACACUCAUCGCUCUGGAAAGUUCAUCCAAAGUCCAACACUUUCCAAUGUUUUUGUUAAUCUGCAUGCAACCAUAUCAUUCUCACAACACCGUCAUGUGAUUUGCUUUGACAUGAUACAAUGUCUCCACAAGCUGCGUUAUAGGAUCCCUCACUGUUGGGAAGUUGUUGUCCAUCAAGCUACAUGCCAUAGGUGCUAUUUUCAUAGUGAGUUUGGCUCCACCUGAGAGUGCAGGUCACUGAUAUCAAGAGUAAGAAAAACAAGUUUGUGCUCGUGAGUUGGUUGUACGAUCUCUUUAUCUUUAUAUGUAAAGAGAGCAGUUCUGUAAUUUUUUACAACAGCAUGCAUUUGCAAAAGAUGUUUCUCAGAACCUCAAGCGCACCAAGAAUUACUGUCCUGCCGGUGCAUCAUCCAGUGCAGAGAUAGAUUUUGUUCGGACUCCUGCAUUUGUUAUAAAAACCUGUUUUAUCUGGUUUAUUGUUUCACUUCGUCAGGAAGAAAGGCAGAGCUUUUAUCUUAACCAAACUGUCAACUCAAGCAAGAUAAAGCAGGUUAAAGGUAAAGGUACAGCGCCCCCUGCUAAACAGAAUUGCGCUCUUCCUGCCCGUGCAUGAGUUAACACGCAUGAAUACACACAAACAUGCACACACGCAGGUUUUCUGGUCAGUGUGGGUUUUGAAAGUCCUGUAGCCUGAGGGUCAGUGAUAAGACUGCACUGAUUCUUAUUGGCUGACAGAUUCACAGGCUCUCAUGACACAGAGAAGACAAGCAACAUGUGGCGCAUUUGUGUGUGUUUGUAAGUGUGUGUAUGUUUAUGGCGGGUUUAAAGUAUUAGGGGCAAAGCUGGAUGAGAUGUUUCUAUGACCUUUAAGGUGUUGGCCUGUUUCUUUGUGGGGGAUCAGUAUUUUUAGGCGUCCAUCUUGGAGAAAAACAGCGCAGUGGGAGAGCAGAGGCAGGUGAAACCGAGAUGUGUGCAUGUGUGCGGUUGUUUGUGUGUGCAGAGGAUGGCUCCAGUCCAACAUGGCCCCUGCCUUUGCUCCGCCCUGCCUCCUCUGUUCCUCACACAAACACACGUACAACAACUCUUGGUUAGUCAUUUACGCUUGGCCAGAUUUGGACCGGGGCCAUGCCUUCAGGCAGCUCCAGUCCCUUGAUUCCCAGCCUGGUCCCGCUGGCCCUCAAACCCAGCCCCAGCCUCCCUCUACUGGGAGGCAGGAGCAACGGCUCGGGCUAUUAUCUGCAGCUAAAUCACCAGAUUGCUAUCGCCUUUCGCAGCUUUUGUAUUUUUAUUACUAUAACUGAUGGAAUGUGGAAUUAGGUGGCAUACAUAUUUCACACACAAAUAGGCUCCAACCUUGUAGCAUCAAUGACUGGAUCUGUGUUUUGCUCUGAUGUAUUUUGCAUUUCUACAUGCUUUGAAUUCGAAGCUGCUCUUUUGCAUGCUUCCUAUCCAUAAUUCAUGUCAUCUGCAAUCUUAAAUAUGUAAUCUGCAGUGUAUUCUUUUGUGAUCUUUGGUGAAGCCCCUGUGCUAGAUUAAAAAACAUGAUCACACCUUUCUGUGAGGCCUCGCUUAAACAAAAAGCUUCUUCUUUAAAGGAAAAUAGUUGCUGCUGGAUGCAAGCAUGUGUGAAGAGGCCAUUUAUGAAGAGUCUCCUUGACAGUAGACAUGACAAGCGGGUAUUCUAGUCACGUUUCCCCCUCGCCUCCUGCAUGGCAUCCAUCCAUCAUCUCAUUGGUUGGCAUGCCUGGCUCCUGCCAUCAUCACCAUGGCAAUGUGAGUGUCCUCCUGGUAGCCAUCACCAUGGCAAUGGGAGUGUCCCCCAGCAACCAUCAGCAUGGGCCGAAUGUAAGCCUCUUAACCAGGAUCACCAUGGCAAUACGGGGCUGCCGAAACACAGAUCUGUGGUAUGUUGUCUGUGGGUAUGUGUGUGUGUGUGUGUGUGUGUGUGUGUGUGUGUGUGUGUGUGUGUGUGUGUGUGUGUGUGUGUGUGUGUGUCAGACAGAGAAAAAAAUGGGAUAUGAGUUGUAUCAUCCGGCGCUGAUGAUGGACUUUUUCGUCAUUGUCUUUCUCGAGUACAUCUUUUCACGUCUCACUGCUUUAGCGUGGUGGUUUGGUGCUGUGAUGUCGCCCCCUGUCCUAAAUAGGGGCCCUGCAGGAGGCUUAAAUAGCCCUGAUGGAGCCGCAGUCCAUCCCAUCCCGCUGCUGAAUACUCCGGGGCCCCCGAGGGAGUUUGCCGUCCCCGUCUGCUUGGGACAUCAUCUAGUGUCUGUGUCCUGACACACAAUAGUGAAAGCUGACAAAACCACAGGGGGCCGAAUUUAGGAGGAGCGAGAGACGCAUGCCACCGCUCUCGCAAGGACAUGGACGCAUGACACACACGGUGACACCCUUGUAAACAAACACUAGCACUCACAUGCACACAUAUUUUUACAGUGCAUGCACACUCAUGUGCAAAAUGUGCUGCUACAGUUCUGCAAAGACAUGCACCCAUGCACACACACACACUCACACAGAGUUAAUUGUGCAUAUUCAUGAGCAUACAUACAGGGUGUUCCGUUUCGCAAGGCUGACUUUUAUUGUUUCGCUGGUGUGUACAGUGUAUGUGUGUGUGUGCACUGACGCACAUGAGUGUGUUUAUAUAAGAGCAUUAGUGCAUGUGUGAAAGCAUGUGUGUGUGUGAGCCUCCCUGUGUGUGUGUGCAUUUAGCUAAAGAGCCUGGUGGGUAUGAAGAAGCAUAGCUUUAAGGUAUGAUAUGUUAAUAAAAUGUGUCAAGAUGUCUGGAACCCUUUCUCUCUUUAUAAACAAACUUACAGCCUGAGCGCUGCUAAUUAGCAAGCCCAUCUGUUCAGUUUAGCAAAGUUGUUGAGAUUUACCACGGAAACUGUAAAAAGACAAGCUCACUUCCACACGGCAGAUGACAAGUGUUAGAAAUCCCAAAUUCAAUUCCCCAGCCUGCCGUCUCUCGUUGAGACUCUUUUUCAAUUACAAUCUAUUAAUAUAUUUCUUUAUUGAUACAUCAGCAAAUAAAUUGAAAAGCCCUUGAUUUUUUUCCCUUUUUCUUAUGUUAAAGUGAGCACUCUCACACGCCAGCAGGACCGCAGUGUUCGCUGAGGCACAGCAUAUGAAGAUACAGGGUUACAUUCCCCAAACAGCAUCAUCCAAAGCUGUGGCAAUUUGCUGCGAGAACAUUAAUUGCUGUGGCUGGGGCCCAGGUUCUGCAUGCUAAGCACUCUCUGCAGCUACGUCUGUAAUGCGUGUGUAUGAGAGAGUUUGUAUUUGCGUUUUUCGCUUGCUUAUGUGUGUGUGUGUGUGUUUGUGCGUGUGUGCCAGUGUCGGGUAGAAGGGGGGUGCACAGGGGGUCCAUCUGCUCUCUUCUGCUCCUCUGCACUGAUAUAAGAUUACGUUAAUCUGGGUACUUGUCAGGACAGGUUAGUGAAAGCAGACGACUGGGUGGGACUCAUGCUAAACAGGUUGGCUGGAAAACGGCUGUUUUUGCCCGCAGACUCUGUGGUGUGGGCUCUGGCAUAGGGCGGUGGAUAGCGAGCAAACAGUUUCGUAACUGCAGUGGAUUUUUUAAGGCCCUACAGUUUGACCAUACGCUCUUGAAAAAAAGCCUGGGAAGCUCUUGGUUAUAAGGGGAAGUCAGUUUGUUGUUGAUGUACCCUUUAGGUCAUCAAAUCCUUCUUUUUUCUGGAAUAACACAAUUCUGCAAAGUCCUGUUUCUGUGAUCCACAUAAGAUAGGCAUGCAUCAGCUCUGUGUCAGCUAUGCUCACAACAGAAGCAUGAAAAUUACACUAUAGCUGUUUUUCUGGGACAGUUUUGAAAGAUUGUUCACAGCUUUUACUUUUAAGUUUUGUCUGUGUGAAAUAACUUACCUGCACAGCUCUUUUUUAGAGCCUAUAGUGAAUUUUUACAAGAAAAAAGUUGACAUUUGUCACAUUGAAGGCAGGUCAAUUAUGAAAUCCCAUCAAGUUAUGGGAAAAAUAUUCUUUUACAAUCUCCCUCUUCCUUUGCAUCCAUGCCUCUGCCCCUCUCACUGCUCUGCCAUAAUCUGUGAGUGAAAUACAUGACAGACCAAUCCCCGACAGCUGUUUAAUUCUGGAAAUCAAUCCCUGAUGAGAAAAAAAUACACAUGAAGCAGUCAUAAUUUAAGUACAAAAUAAACUGAUCAAAUAAAAUCAGGGGAAAGACAGGAUCAGGAUGUAAUUCGGUACAAUUUCUUUCUCAUCUCUUAGUCACUGCAGUUUUUUUUUUGGUCCAUCACUGCGCUUACAACCCUUACAGACGGAUGCCAAAAAAAGAUGAGUGGUACUUAUUGAUAAUUUUGACACCCUUUCCAAUUCGUUUAUGAUGGAAAUGCGAAUGAUUGUGCACAAAACCGUAUCGAACUGACAUGAACUACUUGGUGGCUUUACUUUUCUGUUUGCAUGUGUCAGUCUUGUGGAAGUCAAGCCCCAGUUUGUUUGUGUCCCUGUCCUCCCCCUGUGUCAUCUCUGUUGUGUUUGCCCCCCACUCCAUCCCCCAACCAUUUUUAUUCAAUUAAAUAGCCCUCCUAAAUCCCACCCUGCAUCCUGUGCGCUUCUGAUGUUGUUUUCUCUGUAAGCACUUUUAAGGCCGUAAUGAUUUUGUAAGUUGUUAUGCUAAUUAGCACGGCCUUCUCAGACUGGGUUGCAGGGAGAAGGAUGUAUUGCCCGUUUGCUCUAAGGGGAAGAAAAGACAGAGAAGUUAGAGUAAUUAAUCCCGUUAACCAAGGAUAAUUGGGCAAAAAAUAGCCCAGCCACUGGCACUGAGUGGGAGGAGUUGCAGUUAACCCUGUUUCCUGUGUUUUAUUUCAAACUUAAUGUUUCCUCUUGUUUAAACUUCCUCUCAGGAUUCCUGCUAAUCCUCCUGCUUACGCCCCAUUGGUGGACUGGAUCAACAUUGGGGGUCAUAGAGAGGAGGUGCCUGACUUCAAUCAAACACUGGUGAGUUUUUGUGCAAGCAGUCAGAGUGGAGUUUGGUAACAAAAAUGAACUUUUAAAACUAGUUUGGUCUGAAAAUGAAAUUAUCUCUACAAUCUCUACAAAAUCAAAUUUUAAUGAUUGAACCAAGUGAAAACAUCUUGUGAGACUUAAGUCACACUGAACAACAGGUCAAUAUAUACUGUAGACCGUACUUCAAUUUAUUAAAAGAUAAAAAGAAGUCUUGGUUUGCCCAUGAUGAUUAAAACUAUCUGUUUUUACUCAUUAAAUCAAACUGUUAAACUUUUUAGUAACUUAUUUUAAAAAAAUUGCAUACUAUAUCAACAGAUACUUUUGCUCACCACUCUCAAUUAAGUCAUUAUUUUUUGGCCUUAAAUGUCAUAAAAGUAGAUUUAUUUCUAGACUUCUGAUGUGAAGGAAACUCACUGAUAGCGAAAUAUUUUGACUUAAGAUCAGAUAAAUUUAAGUUUUUUUUGCAGUGUAAAUGUUUUUUUUUUUGGAAUGAAUCAUUAUUUAAGCAGGAAAUAUUGCCAAUGAGAUGUAAAAUGUCUUUUUAAAAGAGUCCUGGUCAAGAUAGCAACAUGAAAAAUGUCACACAUCGUGCAAGACAAACAACAAACACUAGACAACAACAUAACCAAACACAGUGAUUGAUAAAUUAUCACCUUUAAACAGAAACCAUGCACAUUCACUUCUCAGGUAAAUAAUAAAAACAUGAAAUCACACCAGUUUAUAUUAGAUAUGAUUAAACAUUACAAUAUAAAAAUCAUAAAUAUUAUUCCUGAUGGUCUUGUUUGCUUUGGGAUAUCAUGAAAUAAAAUCAAAUGUAUAAAAUUCAGUCUGUUUCGUAAAUGACAAAAAACUCCUUAUAGGAGCUUUAAUGUCAUUCUGUGUAUCUACGUACAUGUUCAGGCUUUCCUUAAACAACACAAGGUAUAUAUAAAAUGCUUCUAUUUUAUGACCUUACUGGCUGUAGUUAAGUUUUGUCUUUCACCUAACUGUUUUGCAUUAACAUGUUUUUACAGGGACAAACAUUUUCCCGUUUUUACAGUGGAAUUCCCAUGCACAGAGCCUUUUAUGAUCAGCUGCAACAACAGGCAGCGCUAACUCAUUCCAUACCCACAAUCCUCUCCCUCAGGAAAAACACUCAUCUGUUUUUGUCAGUACCAUGCCGGGACUGUAUCAGUCAUCCACUUUCAAGGAAUUUACAGGCUCAAGUAAGACCUCCUUGAAGAUGUAUUUGUGUUAGAGAAGAGGGACGAAAAAGAGAGAGAGCUUUUUCAGAACGGCUGGGCCAGUGUUUGAAAAGGCUGCCAUGAUAUUCAGAGAAGUGGGGAGAUAAGAAUCUAUAUUCAAACAUGACCUUUGAUGUGAUAUUUCUGUUUCCUUCUUGGGUCCAGAUCUCAUUUUGUUGCACAUGAUAAAGGAUUCAGUUCUUUUCAUACAAAAGCCUUUUCUUGUUUAUAUGAUUCCACUGAAAUUAGACCAUUUUUUCACUACUUCUUCACCAAAACAAGGACUGUUUUCUAUACACUUUUGGCAAGAAAGAUAAAAACAAAUUUAAAAAUUCAACAUUUCUGUGCUGCUGUUGCUAAUUGCUGUUUUGAUUGUUUUCAAGUUUAGUUAUUAGCCACAUUAGGUCAGAUUAAGGACAAGCAUGCCGAGACAAAGCCAGGUAAUUAAGAGAGGAUAUGGACGCUGGAGUCAGCCCCUGUCCAGCUACACUUGACUUCAUUAAUACGGCUAGCUUAAAUCAACCGUCACAAUGCUAGCAGGAAGGCUGUGUUUUUCUCAAUGUGAACUUGUAGUCCUGCCUCCCAGCCUUCACAAUAGGCUGUUUAGCAUCCACAGUAUGGCUAUUGUCACUGUCAGCCCAUAGGAUGGGAGGCAAGGGCAUGGCAGAGGGGAGAAGUUAGGGGUGAGCCCAUGACAUACCCUCUCGCAAGCAAAGGCUCUCAUUAAUUACACCCUAAAGAUAAUUAUUUUCUUGAUUUGUUUGCUCUCUCUCUCUGACCACAUUUCCCAUUGUGCUGCCUGUAAUUCUCUCUGCUCUUGUUUACUUUAUUUAUCUAUUUUUGUGUUUACCCCCCUCCCUUCCUGCUCACACCAUAUGGUUGCAGAUCAAAUAAUGUCAAACAUUUUGCCCUUGCAAGUUUUUGCAAUUUGCAGUUUCCAAAUGUGAGACCUGUUGAAAGCAGGAGUGAUAAUGGGCACGCUCUACCCCCCGUCGCUUUUGUCCCACCAUAUCUCCCUUCAAUUAAUGCUACAGCGGGAGUUUCAUGUAAUAACACUUGCACUUCUGAGCUGUCCACAUGAGAGCGAGAGAAGAGAGGGAGACAGGAGAACAGAGGAGGGAACACGGGGGAGGAGGAGGAGGAAGAAGUUGGAAAGAAGAGGGAGAAAAAGAAGAGAGGAGAGAGAAACAAUUAAAAACAUGGCUGGGAUGCCAUGACGGGCCUGUGUUGUGUGGCCAUGUGAAUGUUGCAUGACAGCUAAAUGGGGCAAAGAGUGGGACGAUGUGAUUGGCGGUUAAGAGAGCGCAUGCUAAGCUUGUCCAUCAUUGUUGCUCAGCGCAAUCAAACUGGUGCCAGCAGGAUGGAGGAUGCGUUGACAGCUGUAAUUACCCAUCGCCAUGGUGAUCACUUUUGGCCCGCCGUGGAUGGCCGGUGGAGGCCCCUCCUCCAGGCAGCCUUUAAUCAGAUUGGGCUGUCAGUUGUCAGGUAGACACGGGAGGGCUGGACACUACUGUCUUGGGUCCAUAAGUGUUUUUAAUUAGGUGUUUUCAUACAAAGAGAAGACUCUCCAAAUCAUGAAAGAUACAUACAAACACCCCACCAGUUAUUGGAGUGCAGGGUCCACCAAGAUGCCUUUGUGUGACUGCAGAAGAGGAGCGUAGGUGGACUGCGUGUUUUUGUAUGUGUUCAUUUAUAGGACUUAUUAUUACAGCUCACAGGAUGUCUCUUUGUGGUUAUCUAUAGCAUCUCAUUGUCUCUCCAUAUCAUAGCAAACAUAAUCAUUGUCUCAAUGCGCCUCUGUUUGCUUGUACUUUAGAUUGAUCUAUUUAAUUUUGUAGUUGAAGUUAUACGUACCCAAAUUCCAGGUCUUUGACAAAGCCCACACUGUGAUCUAAAUCACUAUAGAGCUUAAUCCAAACGUGUUUUCCUCUUUAGUACAUACUUUUAAGGCUGCUAAAACCCAAACCCACAAAGUCUUUUUGUAGUGUCAUUUGGGUUUGAAAGACAUUACUGUGAAGAUCUCAAAGUAGAAUUAAAGAACAAAAUAGGGCUGUCAAAAUAUCAACAUUUUGCCUCAUAAUUAUGGUGGCAAAAAUGUAUCACAACAAGGAUAUUAUCACCAUAAUUAUGGAAAAGUUGGCUUAAAAACAACACUGUAAGUAAAAGGCAAGAAAAGGGUGGAGCAACAGGAUAAACAUGUGUAUAUAUAUAUAUAUAUAUAUAUAUAUAUAGGAACAUAUAUGUAAAAAGUCUGUUACACUUACAAAUAAACACGGAUAAUUCAUAUGCCACCAUCCAUUUCUAAUUUAUGAUUCAGCCACAUCAUUGGUGGUGUCAUUUCAUCUUCUUUACAGUAGACAUUGCCUUUUUUGGCAUGCUUUUAUUUUGUUGUUUUUUCCUCUACAUUUUAAAACAAUGUUUUUGGUUUCAACUGUAAGCCUCUUCCUGUGAGCUAUGGAGCCGCAUGAAAACAGAAUAAUGGUCCUGAAGUGGAGACACAAUAUCAAUAUUCAAUAAAUUGAUAAAGACAGUUACUGUAAAUACCCAUAUAUGGCUUUCCUUUCAAGCUGGGUUUAUUUGGAAAAUGUUAUGAAAUUCGAAACAUUAGUCCCAGUAAAUAAUCUCAGACCAUAAACAGCAUUACAUUUAUAUUACCCAUUGAGUGUGUUUAGAGCUCAACAAAGGCAUUUGCUAUCAUGGAAAUGUUGACUCAUCCUAACGUUUGGUCAGCCAAUGAGCAGACAAAAAGGUGGAGUUAAGGGAGACUUCAAAUAUGGCCGCUCCACAUUAGAGGUUACUGCUAAAAGACCAAAUGGUAACGUAUAACUAGCAGCCAAUGUUGAAUGUCAACCAUGGUUACAUUUUUUUCAGCUACAAGAACUCAGUGAAGCCCAUCAAGUAACACUUUUCGUAACCAGAUUGAUGUUGGCAAAGCGAAAGUUGCCAUGAGCAAAGCCAGGUAGAUGCCAAUAAAGCCCUCGCUGGUUUUGCCCAUGCAGUCCGAACAAAAUGGUGAAAAACUUGAAAAGAGUUUAUUUUUUCUGAUCUGGAUGUUUCAAUAAGAUCAGUCUUCAUGCUAAAUGAAAAUCUGAACUUUGCAUUCAAACUAUUUACACCAAAUCUCUGGAUAACCUACUUAAAGUUUAUUCAACAUAUGACUCCACAUCAUGUCAAAUCAUUUUAAAUCCCCGAACAGACCUUUGCAAAACUCAAGAAGUGACCAAAAAAGUAUGAGUUCCCCCCUUUAAGUCCAGGAAAGGGUCAAUAGUUUUUCGUGCUUUCAUACAGUAAGACUUUACAUGACUCACCAACUGUCCCUUAAUGUGACGCUCUGAUAGCAGCCCAUAAUGGUGCAGAGCUGGAGGUAACUGAAAGUGCCAGGUACAGCCUGAUAAUGUCAGUGUGAUAAUUAGUGCAGAGAGGCUUAAACCAGCGGCCCACAGGGAGACAGCCCCCGGUGCGGAGAGAUGGCACGCAGCUGGAUCAGAGUUAAUUAACUAAUUGAAUAUCAUUUUGCCAGUUAGCUGGAAAUUAGCUGGGUAUUAAAACAUGGACAAACACGGCACUAAAUGGACAUUAUAAAAUGAAUAUGAAAGAACGCCUUUUCCUUGCAAACGCUAAUGGUCUGAUGAUGAGGGCUGAUUUUCAUUCCAUUAGGCAUAAUGAGCACUUUUCAUUACUUGAUGCUCAUUUUUCAUCAUUUUUCUAUGUUCUCAUAAGAAUUUAUGUGAACUAUCAGGUAUUUUUGAUUCUUCACGUCCUCACAGGUCAAUGCCAAGUUGUGUGAAUGUGUAAGUAUGUGUGUGUACUGUGAAAGUAUGACUUUUAAUAAGUCCCACAUGAGAUAGUAUGAGACUCUCGCUGUGAGGGAGGAAUAUGGCUUAAGACGUUACAAAAAUAUCUCUCUAAAGGAGGUCAAGCUCAUCCUGGGUGACACUGAAAACUGGAUUAAGUCGCACUGAUUUCCAGAGUGUUUAUCUCAAAUUGGACAUUUUGUUCCACAUGCAUAACCCUCAUUUCAGUCUUUCUUUUUUUCAUUUUUUAUUAUGUAAUGCAGCUUUAAAUGGCUGUUAACCAUGUUUUUACAAAGGCUAUUGUUUUUAGACAUAGUUUGGGCUGGCUCUAAACUGAAUAAACUCAUGCAAGUCAAGACGUUAAAUUUGAUGGUUAAGUUUUAUAGUAUUAUAUGUGAUAACAUAAAGCUGAUGGGUCAUUAAAUUUACAGCCAUGAAAAAUUGUGGUGCAAUUAGACUCAGGGGAAGUCCCCUUACUGAGGCUGUGCUCGUGCCCCUGCAAAAUCAUGAGCUCCAUGAGAACUUUGACAUAGUUUACUCCAUGAAUGCUGAAGAAAUAAGAUGUCAUACUUAAUCUAUUUCACUCCUAAAACAAACUCUCUCAAUCAGGUCAACAUGAUUGUCCAUAUACGACAGGUUUGAUGAGAAAUGCUAAUGGACCAAAGACUUUGUGUUUGGUUCAUUUUCUCAAUUGAGGGGUGUUAAUUGUAUUUUUCAUUAUUUAUUUAUUUUUUCAAGAGGACAGUAAAGUGGAUGAUAUAAGAUAGAGAAAAGAGAGUAGAAAAUGUCCUGAAAAUAACGGCAAAUGGCAGGAAUCAAGGACGCGGGACUCUGUGCAUGGGGCGAACUAUUUAACCAACACCUAUCUGUAGUACCUUUUAAAUCUCUCUAAAAUACCAUUGCGAGUGCUGGAGCUUACUAUCUGUAGUUUUUUUUUAAAUAGAAGUUCUGAUGGGGAGUCAUUGAGAUGUUUACAUGUAUUGAAAUGAUCAGUUAUGUCCAAAAUUAGCAACUACUGUUUAGUAUAGAAAGUUUUUAUGUCAGGUAUUGAUUUGCAAAGGUAUUGAACUAUUGUAGGUAAAAGUCUUUUAGAUAUUAUUUUAGGAAGCUGCUACAUGUAAUGGGGAUCUGAUCAUGAAUUGCUGUCCCUUUGUUGAACAACACUGGAUCUUAAUGAUAGCAGAAAUUAAAUCACAGCCUUUUAGUCAUCAACCCAUCUAGUCCUUAUAAUCUAGCUCUCUCUUAUAACUAUCAGCAUCUGUAUGUAGGCAUUUGGAACAAUCAAUAAAUAAUUAAAAUAAAUAAAUCAAAAAAUGUACCAUGAGAGUAUAAAUCCAAUUGAAGUGAAUAAAUGGUACAUGUUUUUGAGGCCAUCUUAGUUCCAGUAGUGUGCAGAGAACAACUACCCCCUCACUGUACUGUAUAUUGAAGGAGAACAAUGCUAUGCACUGUAUAUCACAGCAGAUUGAGUCAUCUUAAUAUGGGGAUCAGCAUGAGGCAUCAGGAACCGCAGGAGGAAGCCACUCACUAUUACAUCCCCGGUUGUUGUGCCGCUGCCACCCCAGUUGCUCUCCACGCAGUAAUAAACAAAUAAAGUGGGAGAAAUUAAUCCCUCUGGAGCCAUUGUGGGCAUUUCACGUCACCCGCCACCGUGCUCCCCAGCUGCUUCUGUGUGCUUGUGGUGGUGUGUCUCUCUCUGUGUGUGCGAGUGUGUGUGAGUGUGUAUGUAAAUUUAGUGGUGUGUGGCCUGUGUGUGAUGUGCACGGCCCAUACUGAGAAGGGAAAAAAGGGUGAGUGUAAAAAUACACUGACAUUACCAGUAAUGAUGAAAUUAAGUAAAAAAAUAAGUCCAAGUAAGACAGAGGAUACGGUUUACUCUGAAGAUACUUUAAACCUAAAAAAAAAACGAAGAGAGAUAUAGAAAAAAUUAUAAUUAAAUCUUAACAAACUUCUUUUAAAUUAUUUUUAAAGCACUUAGUAGAAAUGGCUGCAAGGAAAGGAGAUGACUGUCCAAUCAUUUUUCACAAAGCUCAACAAGACAAUUCAAAUGAGCUACAUUAGUGAUAAGAACAGACAUACACUUCAUAUUUCUUUUCAUCUUUUUUUAUAUUUUGCUCCACAGAUUUAAAAGUAAAAUCUUUGGAUCGAUUUCAGAGAGAAUUGUGUCAUGUGACCAACAAGGCUUUUUUUGCCGUUUGUGUUUAACCUCACAAAACUUCAACAAGACAACAUAGACAUGUGAUUUAAGUCCUGAAACCUCUGAGGAUAAGAACAGCGAUGUUCUUUCUCUUCCUAUUCAUCCUUUUUUUUUCCCAAUUUGCCAAAUAAAAUCUUCAAUUUAAUUUCAGGAACAGAGAGUUGUAUGUACAGCGCAUGCUUGUAUAAUUCAGGUACCCUCUCACAUCAGAUGAAAAGCAUGUAACCACAGGAAACUUCGAUAAUGUGCAAUAUUUGACUUGAGAUUUUGAAGGAUAAGCUCUAUUUUCACCUGUGUUUAGAGCCACACUAGUAGAUCCAGUCUUUUAAAAAGGAUAAUUGAUUACUGUUCAAUUAUAAGUAACUUUAACAAAAUAUGAUGGGAUAAAAGGAGCUUUACGCUUUAUUUUUAAGCACCUUUUUCAUUUUUUGUAGCGUCUAUUUCCUAAUAAAUUCUUCAGGUUAAUUUCAGAAAUAGUGUGAGGUUUUAACCUGUCUUACACUGUGACAUCUAUUAGUCUGAACACACAACAUGUUUGCCACCACAGACAUGUUUGUCUCAUAAUUUUCUCCCAGUGUGAUGGACUGUCUGACAACCAGCCCAUGUCUGUCAUUAACUCCUGUUCCCCUGCAUUGAUUAAACUAUAACUCUGUUGUUGAAAUCUAUGUCUAGCAUGAACAACCGCGUGCCCAUGCUUCCCUUUCAGUCAAUCACUCAGUCAUAAAAUUUGAUUUCAUAAACUAAUCACAGAACAUAAAUUCAUCUCAGCCUCUCAAUGAGCUAAACUGGCUGAAAAGGAAAAUGACUUCAUACGGCGAAGUGUUUCUGCUUUCGUUCAUCGCCACAGAGAAAUUCUUCCUCCUCAGAUCUUAACACACCCACACACAAUAGGCAUUUAGUAUGUGUGUGGGUCAGCACAACAAAGGGGCUUAUGGCUUGUUGUUUCCUAAUUAAGAAUGUAAAAAGGGGAUUAGGCUUCAAACGGCAGCGUUUUUGUCGUUUCCUUCACUCGCCCAGCAGUCGAGGUACGGGUUAGUUCUAAUGUCGCCCAUUAUCGCUCUCUUGUGUUAUUUUCCUGACCACAGUCCUUCCUGUCCUCCUCACUGUCUUCAUCUCUUUCUCUUACAUCCCCCUGUUUUUCACCCCCUCCUCCUCCUUCUUUCCCUGGUGGCCAAAGUAGCACAAAACGUACCGCUGGAACCCCCCCCACGUCCACCCAAACCCCCUCUUUCUGUUUCUCUGAAAUAAGCAGUAUUCUCUGGCCCUGUUUGAUCCUUUGACUAUGCAGGGGCUUCAUGUCUGGCCAGUGUUUUUGGAUCAGCAGGUAGUCGCAGGCAAGCUGUUAAAGGGGUCAUCAUUCUUCUCUCUCUCUCUGCUCCUCACACACAGAUGGGGACCUGCUGAACUCUGCCAAAGGUCAGCGCUAAAUUACAUAUUUUAUGAAUUCUUCUUUAGUUCAAGCUUUUGUUAAAGAGGAUGCAGAAUAGUGCAACGCCAGAAAGAGGACGAUUAUCUGACAAUUUCAACUUUAUUUAGAAAUUUGAGAGACGUUUCUGUAAAUUUCCUCCCCCUUUCUCCUAUUUCACGCCUUUAAGAAUUGAUUUAUCUUAUUAUUAUUUUACUUUGUUGCACUUAGCCUUUCCUUUAUCCAACGCGGGUUAAAAGGGACGUCUGUGAUGUGUGAUGUUCAGAGGGAGACAUUUUGGCUCACAUCCAGCUUAUUGUAUGCCAGUCUGGGCCGUGCUGCCAUAGUGUUACAGCAGCCAGAUGACAACCGCCGGCACGCCAUUUAAGACCUCAGAAAACAACAUCUCUAAAGCAUGUCAGAUGCAUUAGGGAUGGAAAUAAGCAUUUUCGCUGCUUUUACCUUUGUUGUAAAAGAGUGCUUGAUUCUGUGCAUGAAUGGAAAUGAAAAUUUCUCCCAUUUUUUUUUUUAAUAGCUGCUGCACGCGCACCGAACUUGAGCGAGGUAGAGAUAAUAGUGGAUGUAGUUGGAUAAUUCCAUGUUGCCAUCAGAUGCAGCAUCUGCCAUCAGGUGUCUUCUCAACAGGGAUCCCGAAUGGCGCUAGAGACUCAAGUAUAUCUGCUUUCACACUGCUGAACAUGACAUUUGAACGUGCGUGUGAGAGAAAAAAGAGAAACCUCCGUGCGUGCGCACACAAACACACUCUCAGACUUCACAGAGGCUGUGUGAGAGCCAGAAUGCAGAAAGCCUGAGGGCUGUUGUGUCUCUGAUGUUUGUAUUGUUUACUCUGUUGUCCCAGUGCAUGUAGGAGAUUGUUGCGCACUUAGGCCUCAGUCCAGCCUUGUAUUAUUUACUCUGACUGGCGUGGACAGCAGGUUACUGUCCAGGAGAGCUGAAAGGCCGAGCAAACAGAGCGAUGAAUAAAAGAGGCAAAGAUCGAAGGAGACAGAAAGACAUCAUUGACUAUACCUUUGCCCCCUUAUAUUUGCUCACAUACUGCUCCUUCUUCUUCUUUCUUAGUUUGUCUUUGAUCCCUUCUCCUCAAACCUCUGCCCCCAUGGGUCACCAGCUGUCAGACAGCCAGAGGAGGGUGCCGCCUCUCUUCUUAUCCUCCCUUCUCUCACUUUUUUUUUUCUGCCGAUUGGGAUACGUUUGCACCCAGGGAAUCAUUUGGGAACCCCAGGUAAGUGAACCGAAGCCACACAGAUGUUAAUCUCCUCUUGGCCCCCCUCAGACAUGCACCGCACUCCUCCUCCACCUCCUUCUAGGUCGCUUCCUUCUUUUUUUCUUGCCCCUCUUGCCCUAAGUCUCUGAAAUCUCAUUGAAGAAAGCAAACAGAGUUGAAGUCUCUUGAUUGAGUUUCUUUUUUAAUAGGGAAGGGGAGAAAACGGGUGGCAGAUAGGGCAGUGGGAUGUGUCUCGCGGCUGGGUGUAAGGGCCUCACUUUGGGCACGCAGGCAGGUGAGCUGCUCCUCACCUCACCCUGCUCCUCCUCCUCUUCAAACAAUCCGGUUAUCUGUGUCUAUUACAGAAGGGCGGCUGACGGUCGGGAUAAAUCCUCCCUCUUCCAGACGUGUUCUGGGGCCCUAUCAGCUGGGGACAGGACCUUGA